AUGAUGCAGGCAAUUGAGCAGGCAGGCUCCAUAUUCACUGGCUGGAUAUCUUCCUGUUUGUUCUGCCUGAGCGGGAGGGGCGACGAUGAGAGCUUUCAUCAUCAACAGGCUAUGAAGCAAAAAGGUGUCGAACGAGAAAUGAAAGUAUGCCAUACUCAACCUCAUCUCGUUCCUCCGAUGAACCUCACCGGCUACGAUGACUUGCCCAGUCCAAGCCCUCAGCCUCGGGUAUCAUCGCUACAGUCAUGGGUGGUUGAGGGCAGGACCCGGGCAUCGCGAGCGUCGAAUCGAGCUAGCAUGUCGCUCAAGAGGAAGUCAACUGCUCCCGUGAGGAUCAGUGGACCCUCGGAGUUUAGAAGAGUCUCAAUGUUCUUGACGGAACUGGAUGAAUAUCGUCCCCUUGAAUUGAGCUUCAAUACCCCAGGCAACAGACUCCCGGAUCUUCCCAAGUUUGAAGACUUCCCUCUCGAGCACGACCGCAAGCAGGUCAUUUCACGACCCCCGCGGGCUCUCUCGUCCACCGAAAUGGGCCGGUUAUCGCAACCGCGAACUCACCGACCCUCUUCGUCCUUCCAGCUUGCGAGAAAGCCGGUCGGAUCAGGCUCCCGUCGGUCUUCAUUGCCAACCCAAGAACAGCUCCAGUUAUUAGAGAAGAAUCCUCCGGUCACCAGUCCCUUAAUCCCUCAUUUUUCACAACGUAGCUCUGCGGUCACUGGCUUGACCCCAAGUGCGGUUCCUUCAACCACUCCCAGGCUGGAUUCAAGUGGUGGCAGCACGUCCCUGGCUAGGAGCGAGCUACACCGGGACACCCACAAGGCCUCUACAUCCUCGGUCCCUAGGACUCCCACCAAACCCAGCCUGCAGGACAGGCCCUUACCUUCUAUUCCAACUGAGGAGGAUUCCCCUUCUUCAGGCAGUACGUAUCACCCACCUACCACUCCCUCCGAAAGCCGACCUCCGACCACACCAUCGGAGAACCCCAAUCGAACCCCAACCCGCUCGGGACGUGUUACCCAGUGGCUCUUUCAAACGCCCAACAAGCCAAACUUCCUUUUCUCCAACCCGAUCAAAACCAGCGACAAGGGGCCAUUUCGCAUCCGGUCGCGGACGCUGAGCGGCUCUACGCUCGCAUCAACCAUUAGCAAUCUCACCGGAGGGCACAAAGCCACCCCGUCCCUCGCCAGCGGCACGACAAUAGCCCCAACGAUGCAAGCAUCGAGCACUGAAUCACGGAACUUUGACCUUCCUCUUGGCAGUCCUUUCUCACCGAAACAGACCUUCCCAACCGUGACAGAAGAACACACCUAUCCCACAAUUUACGAGGGCGAACAGCCACAACACCAAGAGCCCGAAGUCUAUGACGAGAUGCUUACCCAAUAUUACGAGUAUCGUCAUUCCGCUGUGGGUGUAGCAUUCUGA